AUGUCUGACUUUGAAGAGGCCUUGGGUAUCAAGGAAGGCAGACCAGAUGGAGACACUCAUGUAUUUAUUCUGAACCAUACGCUUACCAAACCACAAAAGAGGUCGAAGGGUGUUUAUGGAGGUAACUUGGCAGGCCAGGCGCUUCUUGCGGCUAUUAGAACGGCGCCAGAAGGGUUUACGCCACACUCGCUUCACUCCCACUUCGUCAAGAGUGUUAGUGACCAGCAGAAGGUGAAAUGGACCGUGGAGGAGGUUUCUAACGGUAAGACUUUCUGCAAUAGAAGCGUCAAGGCAUGGCAGGAUAAACAAAUAAGGUACAUUGCUAAUGUUUCAUUGACAAAGAAGAACUCGUUCAAAGAGGCUGAACGGGAGUACUACGACUACGAGGAAAGACAGGAGAAGUUGAAGAAGGAAGCGGCUGCAAAGGGUGAAGAAUACGACCCUGAGGAUGAAGACGCUGAGCCUAUGAAGCUUAAACCGUUUUCUUUCCAGACCCCUUUCCCCCGCUGGUUGCAAGAAGAACGCCAGGAAGAUAUGCCAGUGGAUAAGAGGUCUGCUAAUAGAUACAUCUACCAUAAGAUCCCCCACCAGUUUGUGUCGUUAGAAGACACAAAGUACGAGGACCGUGUGCCAGUCACAGAGAGAAAGAUGUCGUUCUUUGUUCGUUUGGGCGACGGGUCGCUCAAAAUCAAGGACCCUGCUUUCCAGUUCGUCGGGCUCGGUGUGUUAUCAGACUCCCUCUUCUUGACUCGUCUUGCGAGAGUGUUGCGUAUUUCCACCGUCAACUUGAACAAAACAGGCCACUACUUUUCUGUUUCCCUCGACCAUAUCAUUUAUUUCCACGACAGUGAAUUCGACUGUACGCAAUGGGUGGCCUUUGGUUUCAAGGCUGUCCGUUUGACAAACAACAGAGUGCUUUUAGAAGCUGAAAUGUAUAACGAAGCCGGCCAGCAUGUUGCCACCAUCAUCCAGGAAGGUUUAGUUCAUUUCAACGGCCUCGAAAAAGAAGCUCAUCUUUAG